AUGCAGGACCUCCACAGAGGAUCUCGACCGUGCGUUGGUGCCUUGGAUGCAACACUAAAGAAGCAUGGCGCGACAACACAAGGUAACACAGUUCUGCAAGUGACUCGCGAAGCAUCUCAAUCAUGUGUGAAAGGCCAGCGCGAUCACGUCGCGGCCAUCAGUGCAUUCGGCAAAGGCAGGCAGUGGCAACGAGCACUGUCGCUUCUCGGCGAACUGUCCCAAGCCACAGUGGAGGCCAACAUCAUCACGUACAACGCUGGGAUCAGUGCGUGCGAGAAAGGAAAGCAGUGGCAGCAGGCCCUGUUGCUUCUGGGCGAGAUCUGCGAGGCGAAGUUGGAGCCCAGCGUCGUCAGCUACAAUGCUGCGAUCAGCGCGUGCCAGAAAAGCAAACAGUGGCAGUGGGCCCUGUUUCUGCUCAGCGAGAUGCGGCAAUCGAAGUUCAAGCCUGACUCAGCUACAGUGCCGGGAUUAGCGCAUGCGAGAAAGGCGAGCAGUGGCAGCAGGCUUUGGCGCUGCUCAGCGAGAUGUGGGAGGCGAGGCUGGAGUCCAACACCAUUUCUCACCUUGGUCACCUACAACGCCGGGAUUAGCGCGUGCGGGAAAGGCGAGCAGUGGCAGCGGGCUUUGUCGCUGCUCAGCGAGAUGCGGACGGGGAAGUUGAAUCCGAAUGUCAUCAGCUACACCGCUGGAAUCAGUGCGUGCGAGAGAGGCGAUCAGUGUGGCAACGGGCUUUGGUGCUGCUCAGCGAGAUGUGGGCGGCGAAGUUGGAGUCCAACGUCGGCAGCUGCAACGCCGGGAUUAGCGCGAGUGAGAGAGGCAGGCAGUGGCAGUUGGCGCUGGCUCUGCUCAGAGAGAUGCGAGGGACGAAGCUGGAGCCUGACGUCCCUGGUCAGCUACAGCGCGGGGAUCAGCGCGUGCGAGAAAGGCGAGCAGUGGCAGCUGGCUCUGUCGCUGCUCAGCGAGAUGAGGGAGGUGAAGUUGGAGCCUAAUGUCAUCUACAAUGCCGGGAUCAGCGCGUUCGAGAAAGGCAGGCAGUGGCAGCAGGCGUUGUCGUUGCUCGUCAGGUUGCGGGAUGUGAAGUUGGAGCCUGACGUCAUCUCUACUACAGGCGCUGGGAUCAGCGCGUGCGAGAAGGGGGGACAGUGGCAGCAUGCACUAGCGCUGCUCGACCACAUGCGGAACGUGAACCAUUAUCCGAACCUCUUCAGCUACAAUGCUGGAAUCAGCGCGUGCGAGACAGGAGGGCAGUGGCAACGAGCACUGAUGUUACUGAGCCAUAUCCGCGAGAUGAAGUUAGACCCCGACGCCACUAGCUGCAGCGCUGGGAUUAGCGCAUGCGAAAAAGCUGGGCAGUGGCAGCAGGCGUUGUGGCUCCUAGGCUGUAUGUAUGUCGAGGGCAUGUUUCCCGACGUGGUCAGCUACAUAGCUGGGAUCAUUGCGUGUGAGAGAAGCGGCCAGUGGCAAUCUGCGCUCUGGCUGCUCAGCGAGAUGAAGGAGGCGCAGUUGGAACCCGACGUCACUGCCUGUGGCGAAGGGAUAAGAGCGUGCGAGGAAGGUGGGCAGUGGCAGCAGGCUGUGUGGUUGUUCGGCGAGAUGUUGCUGGUAGCAGCGAGUGCGAGACAAGGACGGCAAUUCUAG